AUGAAUCGCCAGCAACCGCGCCAACUGGGCAUCGUCAGCAUUGAGAAGAAGAUCCAGGCACAGCAUGAACAGACAGAUCGCAAUAUCAGCAGUGGAUUCCAGGACCUGCGGAACCUGAUCAACCUCUGUCAGGACAUGGUGGGCAUUUCGAAGAACAUCAAAGAGAAAUUAAAAGAGAAGGGCACUGAAAUAUCUUCAGACGAAGCGGUGCUCUUCAAGUCGUACCUCUUAAGUUUGGGCGUCAAUGAGGACUUUGACGAGGACCCGGUGAAGCGAAGCAAGUACAACAGUGAUAACAAGUACUACAAUGACUUGGGAAAGCAGAUACACAAGCUCAUCAAACCGCUUGCAAAAGACAGAGGCGGACAAAUUGCCCUCCCCGAGGUUUACUGUGCAAUUAAUCGGGCUCGCGGUUUUGAGCUAAUUUCUCCGGACGAUCUCUUAAACGCAUGUUCCACGCUAGAAAAGCAAAACCUUGGCCUGAAGGUGGUCAAGUACAGCAGCGGCUUAGUAGUCCUGCAAUGUGAUGAUUUCGAUCAAAACACCAUCAACAAUCAAAUUUUGGACCUGUUCAACGAAGUGGAGUCAACGUCAGCGCAAGAGUUGGCGGUCAAAAUUGGCGUCUCGGUGGCGCUUGCACGGCAGAGACUUCUCGAUUCGGAGAACUUUGGCCUCAUCUGCCGCGAUGCCAGUGUUCAAGGACUGCGCUUUUAUCCAAAUAAAUUUCUCGAAUAG